AUGUCUAAAAAAGUGGAACAAAAUUUUGAGAAAGCCAUAAGAUCUAAGUUCUAUUGGGGCUUUAUGUCAAAUAUUGUAACAUUUGUGGGUUCUUAUGAUAUUUUACGAGGCAUUUUCAACAUUGAAUCGCCCAUUAUAAUAACCGGUUUAGGCAUUAUGGCCACUGUUUUAAAUGUCGUAAUGACCCAUUACUUUUUCGCUCUACUCAAUAUCAAUACUCUAUUGGCCGUCAUCAAUGAGGAGUUAAAGAAAAUUUUGAAUAAGUCUUUGCAAUUGUUUAAACUGCAACGAGCUAAACAAAUAAAACCAGGAGCUUUUAUAACGACCUGCUGCAAAUUGGCCGAUGAAUUGGAUAUUUUGGCCAUUAAUCAAUAUAAUUUGCAAAAUAUUGGUGUUCGAGUGAAUAGUAUGUAUGAUUUACAGGGAGCUUGUGUAGUCUUGACAUUGUAUAUGAAUAAUAUCAGUGUUAUUUAUAUGGGCUAUAUGCUGGUACAGCAUGAACAGCUGUCACAGGAUUACGGAAUUUUAGUUUUAUUUUUUAUACCAAUAUCAUUAUUAUUCUACUACAUGGAUUUGAAUAUCUUCAUAAUAAAUAUGCUGAAUUUUGGAGAUUUAAUAAAGACGUCAGCCGAUUUGCUGCAGAAUAGUCAACCCUGCUUGCCAACUUUGGAUGUGAGAUUCGAGAAGAGUGUGAGUAACAAAAGUAUUAAUAUAUUUUUAACAUUUUUCACCAUAUGA